CUUUUUCUUGUUGUUGUUGUUUUCAGACCAGGCUGGUCUCAAACUCAUAGUGAUCCACCUGCCUCUGCCUCUGAGAGCUGGGAUAAGAAGCGUGUACCACCAACCCUGGCUUACAGACUUUGAGUUUAGUUUAUUUUAAAUGCAUUCUAUUUAUAUUCUAAUUAGAGUUAAACCCCGGUUCUCACCUGUAGCCCAGGCUAGCCUCUCACUCCACCUACCUCUACCCUCUUUGGGCUGAGGGUGUGUGCAACUGUAAACAGCUUCUAUUUCAUGCACUGACUGAGGGGCACACACACCAAGUGUGCCCAGUCUGUGUGAUCACAGGAUAGAGGAUGAAACAAAACGGGAGGCUUAGCUUGUUAGAGGCUCAGGCAGGAACCUGAGUGUCUGACGACCUUUGGUGUCCUGGACCUACAAACCAGGGAGAUAUGCUGUCCUAUGACCUGGAGAGACCCUACGUUCCUCCCACGCACACACAAAAUAAAUAAAAUGUAAUAAAAAAAUCAAGGAAAAACUUUUUUUUAUAAGGAUCUUGAAUCCCAGUCUCAUGGAAAGAUUGCCCACACGCGUCUGACUGAGCACAGCCAGUGUGGAGACCUUGCGGGACCCACUCGCAUCUACCCUCUCACCUUCUAGCCUCAGUUUCCCUAUCAACAGAAAGUGCUCACCAGUCACUGAGUUGGGGGAAACUGAGGCUCAGAAGGGCCUGGUGAAAGUGCCCCCAGUUUCUUCCUAGAGCGCUCAGAGCUGACUGGCCCCAGGAGGAAUUCCUGUGCACCCCUCCCCAUCCCUCGGGAAGCCACUGCCAGGUGGGGUGGGGCGGGACCGUGGGUGUCCCCGGAAUCCCAGGGUGCCAAUUAAGUGUUGGUGGCCCGUCUGGGGUCAGAGCCACAGCCAGCGGGAUGGCAGAGCCAGGCCCAGAGCCGGGGCGCGCUUGGCGGCUGCUGGCCCUGUGCGGGGCUGCGGUGUUUCUGGCGGCUGCCGCGGCCGGAGGGGCGUUGGUGGCCUGGAACCUGGCGGCCUCGACGGCCCGGGGUACCCGCUGCCCUGAGUCCGAGCAGGUGAACGCAACGGUGUGGCCCCCAGACUCAGCGCCUGAGAUCGAAGAACUUAGGCGGCGGCUGGUCGAGGCUGAGCAGCGCCAGGAGAGCCUGGCCGGGUGGCUGCAGCGCGCCGAGGGCGACAGACGGGAGCUGGAGGUGGCGCUCAAGGCCUGCAAGGACCGCCAGAGCCGGCUUCAGACCCAGCUGAAGACCCUGAGGAUCGAGAUGGAAGAGGCCAAAGCCCAAGGCACGCAGAUGGGGCUACAGAAUGGAGAACUGACAGAAGCCUUGGCGCGUUGGGAGGCAGCAGCCACUGAGUCCAAGCAACAAUUGGAAGCGGCUUUACAGCGCGCAGGCGCAGCAGAGGCAGAAGGCGAAGCUUGCGUUGGCCGGGAGGUGGCGCUGCGGGAGCACAUUUACGCCCUGGAAGCCGAGCUAGCUGACCUGCGAAGAGGAUUGCGGCCCCGUCCCCGCUCAGGAUCCAGGUCCAAGCCCAGCAUCCGCUCGCGCCCGAGGUCUGGAUCCACUAAGAGCUGCCGUAGGCCACCUCGUGACCCCCAGUAGGACGGGAGCCUUGGGCCAGGACUGACAGCGUGGGUGAGAUACGUGACCCACAGUGUCCACACGCAGCUUUCCACCCACGACUGCCUCGGUGGCAGCACACAGACUCAGUCCUCCUCUCUAGGAGCACACAGUGCUAGAUCAUCACCACACAGGGAAACUGAGGCUCAUUUUAUCAGGCCGCGAUAGCCCUGGUAACUACACUGCGACCUUCAUCCCAUGGUCAAGAGGCUCGCCCUGUAGGAACGCACAGAACUCCCGUGGGAUUUCAACAGAGAACCGAGGCAUACUCCAGUAAUAAGGUUUACAAAUUCUAAGAAGUCCUAAGGAUCAGGGCCUGGGGCCUGGAAAGUGACCCUGUUCUGGAGGAGAUGCCCACAUGACAAGAAAAGACAGUGCAGGAAGUAGGAAGGGGCGCUGUGUGGCUCACAUGGAGGGAAGGGGCUCUCUCUGGGUCUCAAAAAAAAAAAUCAUUGAAAGACCAGUGGUUCCCCUCCCACCUCCCUUCCUGAUUCUCCCUCCCC